AUGAACAGCCAUCUUCCAACUCAAACUGCAGAAAGAUUCUCAUCCGAGUAUUGCAGAUUUCUACUUUAAGAUCAACGUUGAGGACACAACGAUCUAGAGUUGCUUGCUCUUCUUUCACUUCAAGAAGAUUUAAAGAUGGGAAUCCGAUUGCCUUCAAUUCUUCUUCACACCAAACAAAUUCUCAAAAUGCAGGGUGCUUCUUCUAAAGUUAAGUCUGAUAUUCCCAAAGGACAUAUUGCAGUCUAUGUAGGGGAAAUCCAAACAAAGAGAUUUGUGGUUCCAAUUUCUUUCUUGAACCAUCCUUCUUUUUUAAACCUACUAAAGAGGGCCGAGGAGGAGUUUGGAUUCAACCAUCCAAUGGGUGGCCUGACAAUUCCCUGCAGAGAAGAGACCUUCAUUGAUCUCACGUCUAGGUUGCAUAUACCAUGAGAGAUGGAGAAAAAAGAUCAACCAUCCACAGUUUUGCCAACUUUGUUUUUUAUUUUCAAUGCUCCUAGUCAUAGUAGAAUAUCAAUGUAUAGGAAGUGCAUAAAAAUGACUGUAUAGAAAGGGUGGAAACUGAUCUUCCCACCUGAGACGGCAACAGCAAAUAAAAAUUGCAAUCGCACUCAGUAAAUUGACUUGUUUUUACAAAGAGAAAA